GUACUCUUCUUUAGACUUUGCAAUAUUAUUAGAGAGAUGUGCAUUGUGGUGUUUGCUUGGCAAGUUCACCCUUUGUACCCUUUAAUUCUCUUGCUCAAUAGAGACGAGUAUCACCACAGGCCAACAAAGGCGGUCGGGUGGUGGGAAGGUGGAGAGAUAAUUGGAGGAAGAGACGAGGUUGCCGGCGGGACAUGGUUGGCAUGUACAAGGGAAGGUAGAGUCUCAUUUCUUACCAAUGUCUUGGAGCUUCACACUCUCCCUGAGGCCAAGAGUAGAGGAGAACUUCCAUUGCGUUUCUUGGAGAGCAAAAAAAGUUCAGAGGAAUUUGCAAAGGAAUUGGUGAAGGAGGUUCACGAGUACAAUGGGUUCAACCUCAUAACCCUUGACCUUUCUUCCAACAAAAUGUUUUACAUAUCAAACAGACCGAAAAGUGAACCCCCAACGGUUCAACAAGUUCAACCAGGCAUCCAUGUUCUCUCCAAUGCGAAGCUCGAUUCUCCUUGGCCCAAGGUUCAACGUUUGAAAUUGAAUUUCAAAAAACUACUUGGCACCUAUGACGAUGACGAAGAAAUACCUGUGAAGGAUAUGAUAAACAAACUAAUGAGAGACACCACAAAAGCCGACAAGAGCCAACUUCCAAAUAUUUGUUCGCUUGAUUGGGAAUACAAUCUAAGCUCAAUAUUUGUUGAAGUAGACACCCCAUUGGGACGUUACGGGACUAGAAGCAUGAUCGGAUUGAGUAUAAAAGACACCGAAGAAGCAAGCUUUCAUGAGACCUACAUUGAACGUGAAUUGUGGUGGGAGAAAACCAUCAACUAUUAUAUCACUCCAACAUUCAAAAUAAACGAUACCAUUUUCUAACGAUAUAAGAAUUUACGUUGAAACAGAUAAUUUAAGUUGAAGUCCAUUAUCAAUAUAUAAACUUGUUUAAAACC